GUGGCAGAGCAUUGUCCAAGCACCGACCCCACCGCCAUUAAUUUCCAUAUAUUGAUUUCGUGCCAUCUAUCUUCUUCUUGGUUCUCCAAUUAGGGUUCAACUUCAACCUUGCUUUCUUUUCUGCUCAACAUGGCUGAAGAUUAUCUCCAAGAAGAGAAGAAGCGAGUUCGGAACCCUUUUGUCCCCAUUGGUGCACUUGUUACUGCUGGUGUGCUAACGGCUGGCUUAAUCAGUUUUAGACAAGGUAAUUCUCAGUUAGGCCAGAAGUUAAUGAGGGCUCGUGUGGUUGUCCAAGGUGCAACAGUGGCGCUCAUGGUUGGCACUGCCUUUUAUUAUGGAGAAAAUCCUUGGCGAUCGAGUUAAAAUUUGAAUGGCCUGAAACAAAAGUUGAAGUUUGUAAUUGCUUGGUUCCUUGUUGGUUUUAGUUUUAUUUUUGUGAUAAAGAAUUUGGUCAUUUGAGGACCAAAUCCAAACCCUUGCCAACAUUUAAAUUUUUUCUCACAACGCAUAACGAUUGAGUUCAUCUGAAUGUACUUUUAUAUAUAGUUCUUUAAUCAAAUAAACAACUCUCAAUUGUCUCUUAC